AUGGCGGCCGCCGCCGCAUCAUACAAGGACCGGCAAUUCCUUGCCGUUAUUGGCGAUGAAGACUCCGUUACCGGUCUUCUGCUCGCUGGCAUCGGGCAUGUGACUGAAGCGCCGGGUUCUCAGCGAAACUUCCUUGUCGUUGAUUCUAAGACCGAGACGUCGGAGAUCGAACGAGCCUUCCAGAACUUCACCCAGGAGAGGAAAGACAUCGCUGUGCUCCUGAUCAACCAGCAUAUCGCAGAACGCAUCCGCCACAGCGUCGACACAUUCACUGAUCCCUUCCCGGCUGUCCUUGAAAUCCCCAGCAAAGACCAUCCCUACGAUCCGGAGAAAGACAGUGUUCUCAAGCGCGUCCGCCGCCUGUUUGGAGAGUAG